AUGAGGACUUUGCAGCAGGCUAAUUUGGCAACGAUCGUGAUCCUUUUCCAAACACGGUGCGGUCUGUCUCGUGGUAUCACCUACUACUUACUGUCAAUUGCAGUAACCGAUUUCAUUGUCAUCAUUGUCGCUGUCAUAAUCAAUCGGAUUGGGAGCAUUUACUUUAGGUACAGCCUUCUAUCAACUACCCCCGGGUGCAGAAUCAGCACUGUUUUGGUCUAUAUCAGCCGGGAUAGUUCAGUUUGGUUGACUGUUACCUUCACCCUCGACCGUUUUGUUGCCAUCUGCUGCCAGAGCCUGAAGACCAGAUACUGCACUGAGAAAAUUGCGUCAGUCAUCAUAGGAAUUGUCUGUCUACUGAGCUGUAUCAAGAACGCCGCUUUCUUCUUUGUCUACCAGCCCUUAUACAUUCUCGACGGGAAGCCCUGGUUCUGCGACUUAAAGUCCAGUUAUUACAUCUUGCCGGCUUGGCAGUGUUAUCAAUGGCUGGACCACAUGCUGACCCCCUUCCUCCCUUUUCUCCUUAUUCUCCUGUUCAACGCCCUGACUGUUAGACACAUCAUAGCUGCCAGCAGAGCACGGAAAAGACUUCGAUGUUCUGAGAAUUCCAAGGAUGCUGAGUUGGCCAACCGCAACAAGUCCAUUGUCUUGCUCUUCACAAUUUCCCUCAGCUUUCUCCUACUCUGGGCCACCUACGUCGGACGAUUCCUCUUUGUGCAGUUGACAGGAGAGGGUUAUUUUGGCGGACUGGAUUUUAAUGAUCCACAAUUCAUCCUUCAAGAAAUGACCAACCUGCUUCAGUUAUUCAGUUCUUGUAAUAAUGUAUUCAUCUACGCAGUGACCCAGACAAAGUUCCGACAGGAGCUAAUGAAGCUGCUGCUCUUUCCUUACACGUUCUUGAAACGUUUUAUUAAACGAUGA